AUGCCCAGAAUACGAUUUCAAGGGCUCAUGGCCUUCUUGCAUGUUGUAGAUCCUGCAACUGACACCCCCGGAGACAAGUUACGUAAAGUAGAGUCCUUUGUUAACUAUUUUAAAUCUAGAUGUGUCGCUUUGUAUCAUUCCAGAAAACAGGUGGCCGUUGAUGAGCGUAUGGUCAGGUCGCGUCACAGGUCUGGCAUCCGGCAGUACACGAAGGACAAACCAAUUAAGUGGGGAAUAAAACUGUGGGUAGUCGCUGAUAGUUCUAAUGAUUAUACAGUAGAUUUCAAUAUUUACAUUGGAAAAGAUGCUGCAAGAGAGAUCAGUAAAUUCAGGCUUGGGCAUGAUGUUGUGGUAAGACUUACUAGUCCCUACUAUAAUCAAGGUUAUCACUUGUUUAUUGACAAUUUAUAUACUUCAGUUCAUCUCAUUAAGCAUUUAUUUCAGCAUGGAGUCAUUGCUACAGGUACCAUUUUGCAAACCAGGAAAGACAUGCCAGAAAAUUUCAAGAAAGGAAGUGAAUGGGGAAAGAACAAAGCCAGGGGUACUAUGCGGUGGCAGAGGGAUCCACCCUGCUUGAUCUUGCAGUGGGUGGACAGUAAAGUAGUAUCUAUGAUCAGCACCACUGGUAAUGCUAAUAACCCUGGUCAGGUAAAGCAUAGAGUAAAAACUGCUGAUGGUGUGUGGAACUCAGUAGAGGUAACUCAGCCUCAGGUCUUUGCAAUGUACAAUCAGUAUAUGAAUGCUGUGGACCGAUCUGACCAGAUACUGGCCACCCACAAUGUGCAACGCAAAUGUACGAGGUGGUGGAAGACACCUUUUUUCACCUUAUUGACAUUGGUGUUGUCAACAGUUUUAUUCAUUUCAGAGAUCAAUAGAAGAACAAUCCAGAUAAUCCUACAGUCAAAAGGGACUUCAGAAUAUUCACUGGGUGACUUCAGAGAGGAGAAACCCUAUCCCGGCAGCCCCCUGCGGUUAUGGGUGGAAUUCCACCCAUAA